UAGUGAAAGGUGUGGCCUUUGGUAAAAUAUUCCUAACAGUAUAUGCUUUUAUUUUUUUGUCUAAUUUUAAUCAUUGAUGCUUCAUAAAGCAGUAUGAGUACAAAGGUUUUCCUAGGCUAAUUAUUCUUCCUGCUUGUAAAAGAUUUGCUCGAGCAUGAUAUAUAAGGUUGCUCAUUGCGACAGAAAAAAAUGUAGAUGAAGCAAAUUUAUGGCCCUAAAAUUGAUUUUUCUUGACGUUGUAGGAUGGAAAGGCUAAACUUGAGGAACUCUAGUAAUCUCGCUAAAUUAGUUGGCACUGUGGUGUCUGUCAGUGGGGCAUUUAUUGUGACCUUUUACAAAGGCUCACCAAUCAUUAUCAUGCCCAAAUUGAGUGGCUUGACUCGUCAAGUACUCUGCUCAUCGCCGCAAGGAAACUGGAUCCUUGGAGGAUUUCUGUCACCGGUUCAUGCUAUUAUGACUUCACUAUGGUAUAUUUUGCAGGUUAGAUCUCAAGAGUGAUCUAAAAAACUUAAAACCUUACGGUAAACGAGUUAUAGGAUAUUACAAACAACUCCAACCACACCACCGUUGAUUGAUUCUCGUGUUUAAGUCAGGGAUAGGGAUAUGAGGACAUUGUAAUUCCCAGAGAGGGAGUGGGUGAAGGGGGAGGGGGAGGACUUAAGAAUUAGGAUCCUCAUGCUUACAGGACCUUACAGCUGUCUUGAGCUCUGGACGAGCAAUGAUGUGAAUUAUUGUAACUGUUGCAUAGAAAAAUUAUGAAUCAAUUGAUGAAACUCUAUAAUUUCCUUGGAUUAAAUAUUUUCUAGUGUUGGCUAGUGAUGCUACUAUAUUUUGCAUGUGAGGGUGAUAGGUAUUACUAAUAUAAAAUAUUGUUUAGAUAACUUAAAAAAAAAAAGUUUAUUGGACAUGAAAGGUACAUUAUUGGCAGAGCAAAAACAACAAAAAAUAAAUAAAGAACAAUUAUAGUGUGUGCGUGUGUGAGGGGGAGAGAGAGAGAGAGAGAGAGAGAGAGAGAAAGAGAGACAGAGGAGGAAGAGGAGGAAGAGGAGGAGGAGAUGGCUGUGAGGUUAUGCAGUAUUGGACCUUCACUACCUUUCAUAGGAAUGGUAAUGGUUAUUCUGGCUCAGGUUAGCAAUUUAGUAGUAUGCAAAGUAGCCAUGUCCAGAGGGAUGAACAAGUAUGUCCUUAUUGUCUACUGUAAUGCCCUCUCCAGCCUUAUCCUUCUUCCUUGUUCUUUAAUAUUCCACAGGUCAGAGAGGCCGUCACUCACCUUCUCCAUACUUUUCAGAAUCUUCUUGCUUGCCCUUUUAGGAGUCCUUUCACAAAUUUUCGCAUAUGUUGGUAUAGAAUUCAGCUCUCCUAUGCUUGGCACAGCCAUGCUGAACCUCAUCCCAGCUUUUACUUUCAUACUUGCCAUAAUUUUCAGGAUGGAAAAACUAGAUUGGAGAAGCACAAGCAGCCUAGCUAAAUCCUUGGGAACCAUAGUAUCAAUUGCAGGAGCAUUUGUUGUGACAUUUUACAAGGGUCCAUCACUCUUGAAGACAUCUUCAAUUGCUCUCUGGCCUCUUCAGCAGCUUCUUUUCUCAAAAUCAAUCUGGGUAGUUGGAGCCUUUUUGCUUGCAGCUGAAGCUUUUAUAAUUUCAGCAUGGUACAUUUUACAGACAUUAACUGUCAGAAGUUUCCCAGCAGUCUUUACCAUAAUGUUCUAUUCCUGCUUAUUUGGUACCAUUCUGUCUGCUUUCUGUUGUCUGCUAGAAGUUGAAGAUGCCAGUGAUUGGCAGUUAAGGCUUGAUGUGGGUUUGGUUGCUGUUUUAUACUCUGCAAUUGUUGCAACUGUGUUUCAAUCCAGUUUAUGUAUGUGGUGCCUGUGGAAAGCUGGUCCUCUCUUUGUUUCUAUGUUCAAGCCCUUGGCAAUUAUCUUUGCAGUUGUCCUAGAUGCCAUCUUUUUAGGAGAAAACCUUGGUCUUGGGAGUUUGAUCGGAGCAACUGUCAUUGUAACUGGAUUUUAUGCAGUAAUGUGGGGAAAGGCCAAAGAGGAGUACAUAACUGACGAUAAAGAGUUGGGAAGCUCCGGAUUAUCAGUUGAAAAUGUCCGUUUGUUGCAAACCUAAAUUGGAGGGAAUGAAUUUCUCAAGUGUACAGUGCUUUAUUUUUUAUUUAAUUCUGAUUUCGAUUCAAACUCAGUCCCUUACACAGUCUUGCAGAUAAUUCAGUAAACAAAAGUUUGGAUAUAACUGGAGUGCUGCUUCAUUAUUUCCUUGAAGCAAUUUAUGAGUUUCUUAUGAGUCCUGGGGCUAUCCCAAAUGCAUCCUCGACUAGGAUUAGAUUAACAAGAAAAUGAGAACUUGUGCAGUUCAUGUAAAUGGAUUAUUUUGGUGAAAGCUUUUAAAGAAAAUCAUAUUUUCAAUUUCUUA